CGGAAACCAAUCCACACAAACAACCACCUGAUAGCUAAGCUAAUUAAUUAAGCUAAGUACACUGACACACACACAAACACCUAGUAAUUAAUCAGAAGCUUGGGCAGCUUGGGUAGCAAGGCCAUGGCUGUGGCGGUGGAGAUCACACGGAGCGAGGUGCUCAGGCCGUCGGAGACGUUGGCGGCCGGCGGCGGCGGCAAGAGGAGCCAGCUCACCGUGUUCGACCGUGCAGCCAUGGACUGGUACAUCCCGGCCGUCUUCGCGUGGGACGGCGCCGCGGCGCCGUCCAACGACGAGGUUAAGGGCGGCCUCGCCGCCGUGCUGGCCCGGUACCCGCACCUCGCCGGGAGGUUCGACGUCGACGAGCGUGGCCGGAGGUGCUUCAACCUCAACAACGCCGGUGUGAGGGUCCUCGAGGCCACCGUCGCCGCCGACCUCGCCGACGCCCUCGCGCACGACGUCGCCGCUCACGUCAACGAGCUCUACCCCAAGGCCGACAUGGAGAACGCCGACGAGCCGGUGUUCCAGGUGCAGCUGACGCGGUACGCGUGCGGCGGGCUGGUGAUUGGCACGGCGUGCAACCACCAGGUCUCCGAUGGCCAGUCCAUGAGCUUCUUCUACGUCGCGUGGGCCGCCGCCGUGCGCAGCGCCGGCGCCACCCUCCCGACGCCGUUCGUCGACCGCGCGGCGAUCGCGGUUCCCCGCGGCCCGCCGGCGCCGGCGUUCGACCACCGGAACAUCGAGUUCAAGGGCGAGCACAGCUGGACCCACUCCUACGGCUCCCUCCCCCUGGAGCGGAUCAGGAACCUCGCCGUCCACUUCCCGGACGAGUUCGUCGCCGGCCUCAAGUCCCACGUCGGCGCCCGGUGCAGCACGUUCCAGUGCCUCCUGGCGCACGCGUGGAAGAAGAUCACGGCGGCGCGCGACCUCUCGCCGGAGGAGUACACGCAGGUGAGGGUCGCCGUCAACUGCCGCGGCCGCGCCAGCCCGGCGGUGCCCAUGGACUACUUCGGCAACAUGGUGCUCUGGGCGUUCCCGAGGAUGAGAGUCCGGGACCUCCUCUCCUCCAGCUACGCCGCCGUGGUCGGCGUCAUCCGCAACGCCGUGGCGCGCGUCGACGAGCAGUACAUCCAGUCGUUCGUCGACUUCGGGGAGGUGGCCGCCGGCGACGAGCUGACGCCGACGGCGGCGCCGCCGGGCACGGUGUUCUGCCCGGACCUGGAGGUGGACAGCUGGCUAGGGUUCAGGUUCCACGACCUCGACUUCGGCCGUGGCCCGCCGUGCGCGUUCCUGCCGCCGGACGUGCCCGUCGAGGGGUUGCUCAUCUUCGUGCCGUCGUGUGCGGCGAAGGGUGGCGUCGAGAUGUUCAUGGCGCUCGACGACGUUCAUGUCGAGGCUUUCAGGCAAAUCUGCUACUCCAUGGACUGAUCAAGCGAAUAUAUUUCACAAAAGUAUUGUAUCUAUAAUAUAUUGUUAUAGUUUGUUACAAGUACAAGAAUUGUGUGCAUAUUUGCAAGAUUAGCCAGUCAAUUACGACCUGUCAUAUACUCUCUCUGUUACUAAUUAUUAAUUCUUUUCUUAUUAUUUUUUCAAACAUAUUUAAAAAAGUUAACUGCGUUAAAUAUUUUAAAAGCGUAGAUAUCUGUACUGUUGAGUUGGUUGAUCUCCUCAUGGUCCCUUGUUGGCUCUACGAUUUUUCUUUUUCUUUUUAUUUUGUCAAAUUAAUAAAGCUUAGCUUUGUAUUUUUGGCUUUUCA